CCGAUUCCGCUAGUGGAGGAAUGCGCAUCCGGUUUAUCUCUGACUUCACGCUCGUCUGUCUUGUUAUGAGGGAGGCGAGGGACGCCCAGUGGAAACACCUUCAGCCUGACCAGAGCUUUCCUGCGCUUAAACCCGACCUCAGCUCUGAAGCAAGCCGUUACCUGCACUGGAGAUGGACACAUCCACGGAGGCGCAAGCCGGAGAGCGCAGAUGGGAACACUGGAAGCUUCUGUCUAAUCUGAAGACGACUGUUGAAGGGCUGCUCUCCACCAACAACCCUAACGUGUGGUCCCGCUAUGGGGGUCUUCAGCGCCUGCACAAGGACAUGAACAACAUCCUGGGCCACGGCCUCAAGCACGAGCAGAUUUACUAUAAACAAAAAGACUACUGGCGUUUCGUGUGGUGUGUGCGGUAUCUCUGUCCUCAUCUCGCCCGUCACGUAGAACAGUUCAGUCAGCUGGAGCCGGUGUUGAGCAGUGGCGUUCAGUGCUUCGGCGAGGGUUAUAAAGCCGAGCGUUGGCUUCUACACAGCCUCCAAGGUCACAUCUUAUCUGCCCAGCUCAAACCGCUGCUGCAGCAUAAGACAAACACACAGAAAUAUUACAAUGACGGGGCCUUCCUGUUGAGUGAACCACACGUGUCUGCCAUGUUCCAGUGUCUGGAGGCCGUAGAGCAGAAUAACCCUCGGCUGCUGGCUCUCAUAGACACCGGCAGGCUUUCGCAUGUGAAAGAGUCUCCGUUUGGUUUGCUGAAGAGUCAGAGUUUAUGUUUGCUUCCCGGGGCCACAGGAAGUUGGAGGCCUGCGGACAAUUCAGAGUCUCGUCGGCUCACCACGUCCCAGAGCUGCCUUACAGAGCUUCCCAACACCCCACUCUCCAAGAGCAGCUCAGAUGUCAAUCCAUCCAGCAGUACUCAGGGAGCUCCAUGGGUUUGCGGUAGAGGAAACCAGGACGCAGGAAUACCCCAGAUCUCCUUCACUGAGCCCGCCUCACCCGCUCCGCCCGAGAUCCAGGAUUGUGUGGAAGCGGAUGUGGAUGACGGCCCGGAGUACCUGGCUAUCGGUAAUCUGGGGAAGCACAAACGGCGUGACUCGUCCAGCUCCACUCAGAGCAGUGAACACAUGGGGACUCAGGGCGAUGCCCACACUCCUUCGGCUCCACCCCCGCCACGCCGCUGCUCCUUCUCAGAGGCUCAGAGAACCACAGGGCGGAGCUCGAGGGGCCACAUCCGGUCUCUGUCCGACACGGGCAUCUCGCAGAAGCAGAAAAAUGGAGGGAAUCACAGGAAAAUCACCAUUAUUAUCGAGGACCCCGUCGCAGAGUCUGUUGCAGCUACACCAAUUUCAAAGAUCUGUGGUCCUUUCUCACCCCAGAGCAGCGACAGCAGCACCAACAGUUCCCUUUAUAUGGAAUCUAACGGCACCCAGUACAACAGUGUGCCAGACGCAUUGUUCCGCAGACCGUCCGAGGGUCAGAGUCUGAUCAGCUACCUCUCCGAGCAGGACUUCGGCAGCUGUGCUGAUCUAGAAAAGGAAAACGCCCACUUCAGCAUCUCGGAGUCUCUGAUCGCGGCCAUCGAGCUGAUGAAGUGUAACAUGCGCAGGCCGGUGGAGGAGGCGGAGGAAGAGGGCGACAGCGACUCGGAAAUCCAGCAGCUCAAACAGAAAAUCCGUCUGCGCAGACUGCAGAUACACCGCACGCGGAUGAAGCCACCGGCCUCCACUAAUAACCAAGCCCCAUCUGUGGAUAGUGGCGGCUCACGGAGGAGCUCCCAGGAUUCCUUUCACCCCUCUGACUCCGGCUCGGAUAGAGAUGUGGAGGAUAUCGAGCUCAAAGAUGGCAGUGAUGGUCAGUCCCUGCUGGCGGUGUCUCAGAGCGGCCUGUCCCUGUCACUCGCGUCCCUCUUCUCAGAUGCAGACAUCAAACGCAGUGCGUCCAGCAGCAAGUCCUUCCUCAGCUCCGACUCCUUCUCUCCAUCAAUGCUACAGUCAAACUCCGCAGAGUCAGUGGCGAUGGGUCUCCUCAGACAGUUUGAGGGCAUGCAGCUGCCCGCCGCCUCAGAGCUCGACUGGCUGGUUCCAGAGCACGACGCCCCUCAAAAACUUCUUCCAAUACCAGAUUCUCUUCCCAUUUCACCUGACGACGGCGAACACGCAGACAUUUACAAGUUACGCAUCCGAGUGCGAGGGAAUUUGGAGUGGGCUCCUCCCAGACCACAGAUCAUCUUCAACAUCCACCCUCCUCCAAAGAGGAAAGUGGUGGUGGCCAAACAGAACUACCGCUGCGCCGGCUGCGGCAUUCGCAUCGAUCCAGACUACAUCAAGAGGCUGAGGUACUGUGAGUAUCUGGGCCGCUACUUUUGCCAGUGCUGUCAUGAGAACGCGCAGGCCGUUGUGCCAGGAAAGAUCCUCAGGAAGUGGGACUUCAGUAAAAGCUACGUCAGCAACUUUUCCAGGGACUUGCUGGCCAAGAUCGCAGGAGAUCCGCUCUUCAACCUGAACGACAUCAACAGCGGCCUGUACAAGAAAGUCAAAGCCCUGGAAACAGUGCGCGCAUUGAGGGAACAGUUGAACCACAUGAAGAAUCUCUUAAGAACGUGCCGUUUGGCUCAAGAGCUUCUGGAUCAGUUCGACACUCUUCCUGGACAUCUGACCGAAGACUUUCACCUGUUCUCUCUCAACGACCUCACGGCUGUCCGCAGCGGCGGUCUGGGGCCAAAGCUGCGAGAUCUGCUGCGCCUCGGCUCCAGCCACGUCACGGACUGCGUGCUCUGCCAGGCCAAGGGCUUCAUUUGUGAGUUCUGUGGAAAUGACAAGGACAUUAUCUUCCCCUACGAGCUCAGCAAGUGCCUGCGCUGUGAAGGUGAGCCUCUUAUUGAUUGGUUGAUUGAUUGA